CCGAGUCCGGAGCUCCCCGGUGCCCCCUGCUCUGCUCUGCCGGGGCUGCUCCCGGUUCGGCAAAAUGGGGCCGGGUCCCUUAAACCCCGGGGCUGAAUAAAAAGGGAAUUACCCGCCCCUUGGCCCUUUUGUGGGGCAGGAGGUUGUGGUGCUGCUCUGGUGAUGAAUUGGUCGCCGCUGUGGUUGGGCUCGGUGCUUCCUGUCUGCCUGCUGGGGACGCGCGGGGGGCAGCACCCAGCAGCCCCCGAAUUUCUUUCACCAGGUGUUUGUUCGUGCUCCUUCACGGGCAGGAGCUUGCACCUUCUGGGCCGUGACAGUAGCGAUAAGAGCAACCGGGCCGGACUUUGAAAUGCGUGUCUGGAGCGCGCCGCUUUAUUGCCUUUUAACCACGUUAAAAUCUGUUAUUGGCACCGCCACCAGAUUCCUUUGCAAUGAGUCAUUUGCUAUUAACUAUUAAAUUUUAACUGUUAAAAGAGACCGAAUCUUCGCACAGCAUGCCGUGAAGAAGCGCUAUAACAAGGGAGCCUGUGGCAAACAAAAACCUGAAGGCUUUGCAGGGCCUGAGCCGGCAUCGCUGGGCUUGGCGAGCUCUGCCACUGUCCUGAACCCUGCUUCAGCGCUCACAGCAGUAACGGGCAGAGCUGAGCCCUUGCUGUGGCACUGAUGUGGUCCCUAAUUAUCCCUCUGGCUGCUAACGGGAAGGAGCCAAGCGUGACCGUGCUGUCCCUGUAACUCGCCUCCUGCAACUUUUGAGUGACUCUCUGAACCUGUGAAAUGGCAGUGAUGGGAAUUACGUGCCAAGGAGCUCCUGAUCCAACUGUCAAGCAUAAGAAGGAGCUCACAGCUACAAAGGGACUGAACAAGACAGUGAGUGAAAAGCAAAGUAGUGUUUGCAAAGUAGAAGAUUCGAAGAAGGGCAUCUUUCAUAGUCAGUGGAAAAUCCUGAAUGAUGUAAUCACCAAAGGAACUGCAAAAGAAGAAACAGAAGGAGGCUGUGCAUCAAUUUCUAUUAUUGCCCAAGCAGAAUGUGAAAACAGUCAGGAAUUCAGCCCCACUUUAUCAGAGAGAUCUUUUAUUGCUCAUACUAAACGUUACAGCCGCUCAGACAGUCUUGAUCAAAUCCCCAACAAUGUGGCCCACGCAACAGAGGGGAAAAUGGCACCUACCUGUUGGAGAGGGAGGCAUCGUGGUAAAACAAGAAAGAAACGUCACAAGAAACGAUCCAAGCUGAAAAUACAAACAGUGGCUGCUGGCAGGCGAGGUCCCAGAACUCCAGAACAAGAGAGCUGCACCCCAAUUCCAGUCCAGGAGGAUGAAACACACCAAAGUACUCUUCUCAGAAACAAUUUUUGGUUGUCAGAACUUAACAAGGAUUUGAUUUAUGAUCCGCUGCCAUUUGAGAAACCUGAGAAAGUUCUGUCCACAGGCAAACUCCAUUUACCAAAGAGCCAAUACAAAACAGAACUGCACAAGCUGAUAAGCCCUGUUCAGUGCCUUAAUCACGUGUGGAAACUGCACUAUCAAAGGGACAGUGUUCCACAGCCUGAAACUCUCCAUCCCCUUCCAUACAACAUUAUACCCCCUCAUUUCCCACAUCUGGACAGUCCUCUCCAUCACAAGAAACUGAAUGCUCUGGAGACAUAUUUCCAUGGCAAUCUCAACUAUCAAGACAGUGAGCAUCGCUUAUCUGGGCUAAACUUGGAAUAUAGUUUCCCCAACUGCGUCAACCAGUCCAUGCAAAACAGUUCGGACAAGAUUUCUGUGGAAGAAUACUUGGUAGACGCCUUGAAGGGGAGUGUGAGUCUCGGUGAACCACAAAAUUUAGCCAGCCUAGCCAAGACGUGGAGAGGAGGCGGUCUGGACCUGAAGGAACAAUUUCAAAGAGCAGAUGAAAACGAAGGCGUGCUACUUACCGAGAAACUAAAGCCAGUGGAUUACGAGUACCGAGAAGAAGUUCAUUGGACCAAGUGUCAUGGUUCCUUGGGCAUUGGCUCUUUUGGAGAAGUAUACAAAAUAGAGGACAAGCAGACAGGAUUUCAGUGUGCUGCCAAAAAGGUACAAGUUGAACACUUCCGUGCAGAGGAGUUGACAACGUGUGCUGCGAUAACCAGUCCUAAAGUUGUCCCCUUGUAUGGAGCUGUGAAGGAAGGACCUUGGGUGACCAUCUUCAUGAAGCUGAUGGAGGGUGGCUCACUAGGUCAGCUAAUUAAGCAGAAUGGCUGCCUGCCGGAGGACAGAGCCCUCAGUUAUUUGGGCCAAGCAUUAGAAGGCUUGGAGUAUCUUCAUGCUCAGAACAUUCUCCAUGGAGAUGUAAAAGCGGAAAAUGUGCUUUUGUCUGAUGAUGGAAGCAGGGCUCUUCUGUGUGAUUUUGGUCACUCUGCUCACCUUCAUCCAGAUGGCUUGGGAAAGUGCUUGGUCACAGGGAACUAUGUGCCUGGCACAGAAACUCACAUGGCUCCAGAGGUGGUCAUGGGAAAACGCUGCGACUCCAAAGUGGAUGUCUGGAGCAGUUGCUGUAUGAUGCUGCACAUGCUUAAUGGGUGUCACCCUUGGACCCAAUAUUACAAUCAUCCUCUCUGUCUGAAAAUAGCUAAAGAGCCACCUCCUCUGAGGGAAAUUCCACCUUCCUGCAACCCUCUCACUGCUGAAAUUAUUAAAAUGGGUCUGGAGAAAGAGCCUGUUCAGCGAGCAUCUGCAUCUGAACUGAAAACCAAGACCAGUGUUGCACUUGAAGAAGUGGGAGGUGUGACAAGCCCCUGGAAAGGCGAAUACAGAGAGCCUAGACAUCUAUCUCUGAACAAAGAAAACAAUCCACAGACAUCCCUGUCCCCCACAGUGAGCCCAGUGUCUGAGACUCAUUCUGACCCAAAAUUGGCAGACAAAGUUUCUUGUGUAAGCCCAGUCUUACCACCACCACCACCUCUGGAACAAACAGAAGAGGUUGAGGGAACCCCUUGGAACGUGUGCAAGGAGUUAUCUGGGAUCUGGGAUCCACCACCUCUCUCCUCGACUCCUCUCCCCCUGAAGAGCUGCAGCCAUGUGGAGAAAGCAACAACCAUUUCAGAACAAGAGCUUCAGCAGCUGGAAAUAGAACUGUUUUUGAACAGCCUUUCACAGCCUUACUCGCUGGAAGAGCAAGAACAAAUGCUUUCAUGUCUCAGCAUCGACAGCCCAUUUGUGUCAGAUGCCAGUGAGAAGAACUCCAUGAAGGCUUCGCAUAGCUUGAGGGACACUAUGAGCUCAGGGAUUCAUUCCUGGAACAGCCAGACAGAUGGACAGAGCUUCAGCUUUAACAACCUACUGAAUCGCAGCCGUCACACGGACACUCCUAGCUAUUUCAAUGGAGUGAAAAUCCAGGUCCAGUUGCUAAGCGGAGAAAAUUUACACAUCAGGGAUUUCCAGAGAACAAAGGUGGGAGACAUUGCCACUGGGAUAAGCAGCCAGGUACGGGUCCCUGCCUUCAGUCUGGUUACCAAAGAAGGCCAGCCAGUGCACUACGACAUGGAGGUCCCCGACUCCGGUAUUGAGCUGCAGUGCACCCUUGCCCCUGACUGCAGUGUCAGCUGGACGUGGAGAGUCAAACACGGUCAACUGGAGAACAGGCCGUGAGGCUGCUUCUGCAGUGGAGGUUUUUACCUUGUUGAAAUAUGGAAUUGCAAAAGCUUCCAGCCACCCCUGCCAUCAAGCACCACGCACAGUUGCUGGUGUUUUGUGCUGAAGUAGGAUAGCAGUUCAGCAGUUCACUGCUCUCGGGCCUCACUUCUGUUGUCUGCUCUGAUCCAGUUCCAAGACAUGUCCUGAAGCUUAAAUGUUCCCCAGAACAGUGGGAAUUACUUGUUUUGGGUGUGUGAGAUUGAGCUUGAGAAUGGUACACGAAAAUUCCUGCUUUUCAGAGGAAUGUGAUUGUGCUUUUCAGGAGCAUAUGGGGAUUGGAUGAGAGCUCCCGUUGCUCAGCCUCUGAGGUGAAGCUGGUAGUUCCUGGGCUUGCUCAAAGGAGGUGGAGGUUGAGUAUCUUCAGUGCAGCUGUGGUUGUUUGUGCUGAGGGGAGCUGGCUAACUUCCUUCUAGCUGGAGGAAAAACUUAAUGUUUCUGUAGGCUUUGGGUAGCAUCAUCUCUACCUCAAGCCUUCUACAUGGGGAAAAUCGACAGCAGUAACUAGCUGGGUGCUUGGUUUCACCUCCCACCCUUCCCCGCAGACACUUCCUUCUUGAAUCAGAAAAGAACUUUGUUCCCAGAAAGAGCUUUGCUUGCAGCUCUCAUCUUCUGAAUCUCCUCCCUGACAUAGGAGCUGGUGCUUCCCACUCUGUUGUUGCUACCAACGAAGGGAGUACAUGGUGGGGCAGGAGGAACGAGUUCCGUGGUGGGCAGGGUUGUGCUCCUCAGCCCCGUUGCCACCGCUGCUGCUGCUGACUUGCUGCAACUUCACAGGAGCUGUCCUUGUCCGCACAGCUCCCCCUGGAGGGGGCAGGACAGCAGCUCCAUCAGCUCAGGCAAAGUCUGAAUUCUGCUGCAGAACUGUUUUCUUAGAUCCCACUCCCAGCUCUCAGUCCUGCCAGCCGCUCAGCCCCUCCGCUGGAGAUGAGUGCCCCAUGUGCUGCGUGGCGUUAGCUCAGCCCAGUCUGCACCAGCACCUAAAGGCUGGUACCAGGCUCUGUAUCCCUCCCCUCACAUCAAAACAUGUUAAUAGAGCGGGACGGGCAGCUGGGCCCACAAUGCCUUAAUCAUUGCUGAACUUCUUUUUGGUGAUUAUUUUUUUGUAAAGUAUACAGAAACUGUAUGUGUCCAGUUCAGACGGGCGGGUGUUGCCAGCCCUUCUGUAACCCAGAACAAAACCAGAGGGAGGCGUAAGGUACUUGGGUGCACUCGUUCAGGGCUGCUCAAAGUCCUUGUGUGUCUGCAAACAGCAAACCGAUUUGCUGGUGUGCUGUGCCUCUUCCAGAAUGCUGGAACCACAGCGGCCGCAGAGCCGGGGCUGCUGACACCCAGGCUGAAGAGAGGAGCAGCUCCCAGGGAGCAAGGUCAGCCGUGCCGGAUCCAGGCUGCUGCUGGGAGAUGCAGCGAGGCAGGAAUGUCUGCAGGUUUCUCAAGUGAAGUUCACUCAAAAUAGCUGGGAAAAGUUAAGCUCUGGACCUCCCAUUCUGAGGACCAGUGACCUGCAAUUGAUGCUCUUUCCCUUUGGUCUCCCAGAAUAUUGGCUGGUUUUGCUACGAUAGGUGUUGACAUCCUUAACCAGGAAACUGAAGUUAUCAUGCAGUAGAAAAGUGGAACUCUUGAAGAAGUUAAACCUGUCACCACUGUGCGUAUAGUCUCUUAUAGCACUUUUUUGUUCUAAAGCACUUAAUGAAUUGUCCAAAAUAAGUAUAUCUGAAAUGCAGCCACAUUAAGAGUCUUUUUAGUAAACAGUUAAAACAUUAUGCACACCUUUUCCAGGCAGGAGUGGGGAGGAAUAGGGAAGUCGGCACAAUUUUUGUCAGAUGCCAUAAGCUACUACAAGUUCUAGGCUCUGGAGCAACAGGGAUCGAGAUGCCUUGCAGAAUUCCCAGGAGCUCCCAAGCAGGUGUUGAGUGCAGAAACCAAACUUCCUGCACUUGGCACCCUCCUCGGGCUUCCUCUGAGGGGGAGAGGAGAAAAACCUGUUGGCUGCUUCUAAGAAGAGUCUGUCAUAAUAACUGUUGGUGACGUGUCAGUGCAAAAGAAUAGUCUGUUCCCUUCCUGAAGGCUGCACCUCACGGCUUUCACUGUCGUCCGCAAAGUGCCUCAAUGUUCAGGUGUGCGUUUUUGUACGUUGGUGUUAGACCCGAGUUCUGCCAAGCAGUAGGACAGGGUACAGCAGUCCUCUGCUUGCGGGACCUGUGAGCUUUACACUUCAUCUAUAGCAUUAACGCUAGUCUUGGGCCACCUGAGUGGGUGGGUAAAAGGCAGGAACCCUUGUGAAGCCAGAAAGUCUUUGCUGGGUAGGUGGAGAUGUUUACGUUCUCCUGCGCUCUCACACCAGCAUUAGCCAGUAUCUCCAUUCUGUUCAGUUUGUCCAAAAACUUCCAUCCUAUUUUGCUGCCACCUCAAGCAAGAAGGUGAGGCUGCAGACCUCCACGUAACAACCAUUUGCAGGGCAGCUGCUCAGAGGAGCAGGCUGGGGCGUCAGCUCUCCCUGCCGCGUGGGAAAGACGCUCCGGCUGAUACCACAAACCAUUGGUGCUUUUACUGUCCUGAAAUGUGGUUCUGCUCUCGGAAGUAUCUCCAGGGUUUUAAUGUUUUUGCCACCUACCAACUUGGGAUCUCAGCUCUCUCCUGCUGCUGGGACAGUUUCCUGUUAAUUUGGCUGGUUGUUUUUGCUGUGACAGGCAGAAAAAAGCCCAGCUUCCAGAAAGGCUGGCUGUGCAAUACCAACAGGCAAGAAAGUCAGGAAAGUUUUUUUGUUAUCCCUGUUAACAUUUGUCUUAAAUUGUGUGUAAUAACAUAAUUAGGCUUUAGGACUGAAUCCCAGUACAGGUUUGGGAGGGAGGACAAAUAGUAAUAAACACAGAUGGCUCUUGUCAUAUAGCACCUUCCUUAAGGUCUUUGGGAGAAAAAUCACCUUUGGCAAAGCAAUACAAAGCUUUGGGAUGGGCAGUACAGGCAUGGGUGAAGGUGAUGGAAUGACUAGCUGGUAUUGAAUGAAUGACACUUUAUAAAACUGUGAUUUCUUGAAAUUAACAUUUCAACCUGUAUUUUCACAGAAAAAAAAUAAAAGCUGGAAAAAAAGGA